AUUUUUCGUAAUGCUAAACAGCCGGAGCGUACCCCCCUGGAACUGUGUAUGGGUUGCAAGGUGAAGGCUAUAUUGAUCAGGGGCGUCGACGCGUAAGGAAAACUGGUCCGACUUUUUCUCGGGGGGCCCCUACCGGUGGGGCCCCCAGGUGUCGAGGCGCAGCAGGGCCCCCGCGGUCUCUAGCAGGGCCCCCCGAGCCGCAGUAGGGCCCCCGCGGUCUGCAGCAGGGGCCCCCGCCAGCCACAGCAGGGCACCGCCUAGUCGAAAAAGUGGUCCGACUAGUCGGAAAAGUCGGAACGGUGUCGACGCCCCUGAUAUUGAUACCUAUAGGUUUGUAUGUGUUUAUGUAGCCUUGGGUACUGGGUACAUGGUAAUUCAAUAUAGAUGACUGCUUCAACUUCAACGUGUUUCAACGCUUCAACGCUUCAACUUCAACGAAUCAUAAAGAGUCUUCAAUGGACUGGAGAACACAUGAGUAAAGCUGACUGAUAUCAAUAUCAGCAUUCCCUUGCUGGGCCAUUGUGGCAUGUGAUAUCAUUUGAAUGUUUCUGUCUUGAAUCUGUCUGAAAGAUGGCAGGUGUGAGAACUGUGGGAGCCAGUGGUUUGUUACUAGCAAGGCACAUUGUGUCUGCCAUACGCUGGUGCUCACCGCUGGGGAUACUGUCAAAGCAUCCCCAGCAGAAUCAUGUGGCAUUGAGCAAAUGUCUGCAGCAACUCACUCUCACAUCAUCAAGGCAUAUUACAUUUGGGCGCGGUCAGCAGCAGCGCAGCUCCGUGGCGACCGUGGACGGGCCCACGGCCGGCGAGCUGCGCGCCCUCCUCCAGUUCGGCACGGACCGCGAGCUGCGCCAGUUCUGGCGGCGCACCGGCGCGCGACUGGACGUGGCGCGCGCCGCUAACGCGCUGCACGUGCUCCGCGCGCUGCAGGCCGAGGGAGUGGCGCCGCCGGCCAUCAAACGACAUCCGGCGCUGCUCAACAUUAAAAAGGCGCGGCUGUCGGAGCAGCUGUCGUCCCUGCGGCGGCUGCCAGCCCCCGUCGGUGAGGUGUUUCCCCUGCUGCUGCUGCGUGCCGACCAGCUGCGCGCGGCCGUCCGCGCUGCCGGCCGGGACGGGCAGCUCGCCUUCCCGGGUCACCGCAGCCGGCUGCACUACUUGGCCGACCAGCUGCAGACUGGCCUGGAGACGUUGUGUGCGGCCGUCAGAAGGAAUCCGUCCAUUCUGACGUUCCCCGGCAGUCGCAUCACGGAGAUCACCCGACUGAUGAUCGACGGCGGCAUCCCCCGGGACGCCAUCCUGGACGACCCGUACAUCUACAACCACAACGUGUCGGUGAUGCGCGAGCGGCUGGAGUGGGUGCACCGGGUCCAGCUGCGACCGCUGAGGCCGUGGAUGCUGCGCUGCGCAGAGCACACCCUACAGGAGCACGUGGAGCGGUUUCAGCUGCGGCUGGCCAUCCUCUCUGAACACGGGGACGAGGUGACCUACCUGAGCGAGCGGCUCGGCCUGGGCCGCGCCCGGGUCUCCGCCUUUCGACAGCGGCACCCCCCGGCGCUGCGCGUCAGCGUCAUCAAGAUGAAGGAGGUGCUGGACGUGCUGCUGGCCUACGGCAUCAGCGGCGAGCAGGUGGCCGACCAGCCGCGCAUCCUCUGCUACAGCGCGCGCCGCAUCCGCGAGCGGUGCGAGCGGCUGCGCGCCGCCGGACUGCGGCCCGCCAGCCUCUUGGUGCUCUGCAAAACGCCCAAAGACUUUGACCGCUACAUGGCGGCGGCCACGGGGGCAGAAGGCCUGGCAACGGUCCCCGAUACGGCCAGUGCGGCGGGCGAACGGACCGCGGGGGAUGCCAGUCCACGGACACCAGCGUAACCUCUGAGUGACGCCGCGUGACCUCUGUGUGACGCCGUGUGAACUCUGUGUGAUGCCGCGUGACCUGUGUGACGCCGUGUGACCUCUGUGUGACGCCGCUGGGAGUAGUGCUGUGAUUGAUGCGCUGUCGAUACUGUGCCUGUGGUCGGCGUGAAUAUUAUUUGCUGAGGGGAGCCGCUGCCCGUGAGAUACCGUGGGUACGAGUAGAGCUUAUAAAUGUGGCUCGACUCGAGUGCCCGACUUCGAUCACUGAUCAGUCAGUGUGUUUUGUCAAAUUGGUCUAACGAAUGUGGAUAAAAAGACGAGUAUGGAGCUUC